AAACAAGAGAAGCCAUUUCAAAGCGGUUCUACUGGCCAGGGAUGUCAGUGGACAUCAAUAAUUGGGUUUCCCAGUGUGCACUUUGCCAGGCAAGUGCUGCAACAAUUAAAAAACCAGCGGAAUACAUUCCGAUAAAGGUCUCUCAGCCAUUUGAACUGGUUGGGAUGGACCUUAUUGGAAAACUUACUGAAACCAACAAUGGACAUCAAUACAUAUGUGUUUUUAUUGAUUAUUUUACAAAAUGGCCACAAGCAUACCCUUUAAAGUCAAAAUCAGCCGGGGAAGUGACAAACUGUCUCAUAAAAUUUGUCCACCAGUUCGAAGCCCCCAAAAGGAUUCUUACUGACCAAGGCAAAGAAUUUGUCAAAUCUCUCAACAAAAGGGUUUGCGGAUUGUUGAAAAUUAAAAGAAGCCUCUGCUCCCCCUAUCACCCACAAACAAAUGGGCUGGUGGAGAAAAUGAAUGGCACCAUCCAGAGAGCCCUGUGCAAAGUUGUUGGCGACCAUCCAGAAAUGUGGGAUGAGUAUCUGGAUGCUGUAAUGUUUGGAAUCAGAACUAAAAAGCAAGUGACCACCAAAUACUCACCUUAUUACCUAAUGUUUGGCAGAGAGGCUCGCUAUCCUUCCGAAAUCCCAGAAGAGUUCAUGGUUGAUGAGAGUGUGGAAGACAUUGUGGGGCCGGAGGAGCUGUCGGAAGACAUUCAAAAGCACCAAAAGCUGUUGGAACUGGUGAAGGACAAUGUGGUCAAAGCUCAGGAAAAAACAAAGGGCAAAAUAAAAAUGAUGAAGAGAGAUGUUGUCUUCAAAGUUGGUGACAAAGUUUUAAGAGCUAACAUAAGAAGCCAGCAGAGGAAAGGGGGAAAACUUGAAGCAAACUUUUUAGGCCCUUACAUUAUUACAGCAAUCCAAGGCAAAAGUGCAGAUCUUCAGGAUUCCAAUGGGACAAUAAUUCCAAAAGUAAAUAUUGACCAACUAAAGUUAAGCAAAGACAGCAUGCCAAGAGUGCCACACCGGGGUUUAAAGAAAACAGCAGCCACAUUACUAACAGCACAACCAGGUCCAGCAGCACCACAAGCUGCAGCAGCACCAGCAUCUGCUCUAGCUCCAAAGACUACAGCAGCACCAGUGGCGGUAGCACCACCUCCACCUAGAGCUACUCAGGCUACAGCACCAAUGGCAUCACUUGCAUCACUACCAGUUCAAACACAACAUCCAUCUCCAGUUCCACAAGGUAUAGCAACAACGGUAUCAGAUCCAGAGUCAGGAGCAACAGCACAGAAAGAGAACGAACCACCAGAACCAGCCACAAGUGCUACAGCACCAGAACACGCUACAGCUCUACAAACCAAAUCCCAAACAGCAGCAGACCCAGCCUCACAGACCACAACAGCAGACCAGGCCUCACAGACCACAAUUUCAAAUGCUACAACCACACAAGCCUCAGCUCCACAGAUUACAGCCCAGCAAUCUACAGCACAAACCAUGGAAGCAACAGUUCCACUUGUGACACCAGCCCCAGCAACAGCCACACAAGCUAGCCCUGCACCACCUCCAGCAUCACCACCUCAAAGAUACACUGAACCUGUUGCAGAGAAAUAUAUAAUGGAUGCCAGGGCUGGAAAGAGUCCUCAUGUUCUACUCUCAAAAAUUGGUGCUUACAAAUUAUUCUACUGGGAUAUUCAACAAAUUGGUCCGGACAUGGAGUUGGAAAGUGAGUCUAUUAAUGCAUAUCUUGCGAUCAUGGUGAGACAAUGCAAUCGCCAUAAUUCAGCAAAAGCAGCAUUCAUUGAUUCAUUUUCAAUGACUGCCAUUUGGAAGAGAAAAGCUCCAAGACUCAAGAUCAAACCCAUGGAGCAUGAAGUGAUUCUGGGAAUUGUAAAUGAACAUCAUCACUAG